UCAAAAGAGGAAGCGGACGGACGUUGCGUGAAUUUUUUCAAGCUUCUAGCUUAAGCAGAUGUUUCACGUCUAAAUUAGUGUAACUAAAAGUUAAAGAAAGUCUGAGCCCCUCUGUUUUUAAGAUAGGCUUGUCUUGUCCAGAUUGCUUCGUGGCGCAGGAAGGUUAUGUUCCCUGGAAGUCUCGAAUAAGGACAGUGUAAAGAAGCUGUGAAGACACCAUGUGGUGGUUCCAGCAGGGUCUCUGCUUCCUUCCCACCGCCCUGGUCAUCUGGACGGUGGCGUCCUUCAUCUGCGCCUACAUCACAGCGGUGGUGCUGAGGCACGUGGAUCCUCUGCUGCCUUACAUCAGUGACACGGGAACCAUGGCACCAGAACGUUGUGUGUUUGGGAUCAUGCUGGAUGUGUCAUCCUUUUUAGGCAUUGCCACGGUGUAUGUGCGUUACAAACAGGUGGAGGGUCUUAUCGAUGAUGACGAGACCAAACUCCAAAGACUGAACCUCCUUGGGCUGGUCCUUGGCUGGACAAGCUCCUUCGGGAUGUGCGUGGUGGCCAACUUCCAGAAGACCACCAUAUUCUCCAUGCACCUGGUGGGGGCGGUGUUGACAUUCGGUGUCGGAGCGCUCUACAUCCUGUUUCAGACGGUCAUCUCGCAUUUCAUGCAGCCACUCAUCCACAGCAAGACCACGUACAGGGUUCGCAUCGGUAUUGGGCUCUGGACACUGGGCAGCAUCAUCAGCAUGUUCAUAUCAUCAGUCAUCAUGUACAGCAGUCUGCCGGGAGUCGACGUACCCCGUAAGCUACACUGGAUCCCAGGAGAACCGGGUUACGUGGCCCAUAUCGUCAGCACUGUGUCUGAGUGGUCCCUGGCCUUCUCCUUCAUCAGCUUCUUCCUCACAUACAUCAGAGAUUUUCAGAAAAUAAACUUGCGAGCAGUAGCGGUUUUGCAGAGCAGCCAUCUGUACGACUGCCAUCAUGGAGGCAUCGCAUCUCCCCAUCAGAGCAGAACCUCUGAAACAUCUCCUCUGCUGGCAGGAACUACGUGACACCAGGUGCAGCUACACCUGAAUCUGCUUUCACAUCUAAAGCUUGUUUGCAUAAAUUAUCCACAGACUUUUAAGGAGUCAGGGCACCAAAGUGUCUCCUCUGUCUUGUUGAACAGUAUAUAGUCAGACACUCGGGUUCAGGUUUGUCACGCCUUCAGUAUUCUGCAGGUGGGUAGCAUUAGGUCCAAGCUGCUCACACCAUAAGAAUGUCUUUGUAUAAAUCUGUACCAUAACUAAAACCUGUGGAACCAAACCAGUAAUUAUAGGAAAAUAGAUUUUUUUUUAGCGUAAUGAAACUGACCAUAAGAAUGCAAACAUUUAUUUUUGUUGCCCUAUUUCCUGUCCACAUAAUUGUACCUUGAUAUAAUUCAAUUCAAUUCAAUUCAAAAAUACUUUGUUAAUCCCAAAGGGAAAUAAAAAAAAAAAAGCUAAUUAAUGCAAGUUUAUGUCAGCAAAACUUGCUGACAUAUGAGUCGUAACUGAUUAAAAGGCUUAAGUUUUAAAUACACUUUAUCAAACUGUUCUGUCACCUAACUGCAGUUAUUUAUUAUUAUCUUGGAUGGGUAUGUUUUUAUUGUUUAAACCCUAUUGUAAAGCAUAUUAACUGGCCUGAAGUUAAUCAUCUGUGAGAGAGUUAAAGGACUGUAUCAAACCUGUAAUAUAUAUAAAACAAAAAACUUCUCAUGGAUAACUUUUAUUUUAAUCAAUUUGUAUAAAUGCUUUUUAAUCUUUGUGGUUGUUUGAUUGAUUUUCUGAGCACACAACUGACUAUUUUAAGGCUUUGUUGGUGUUAGUAUUCCAACAUUUAUAUUCCAGCCAUCCGUGAGCAUGAAUAAAUGUUUCAUCAGAUGGAAAACCUUU